GGAGGAGGUGCCGCACCCUGCCUGGGCUCCUGCAGCCGCCUCAGACCCGCGAGCCACUCGGAGACACCGAGCAGGCAGACCGGGCGGACCCCGCAGGGAGCGCUGGAGGGACGGUCGGUGGGGUUUUCCAGGUAGCGGCAGCUAUGCCAGGCCUGUGGAAAGCAAUCGCCCUGGAGACUCUUCUGGGCUAUGUCUCGUGGUCUCUCUACCAUGGGCUGGGACCCAUGAUCUACUACUUUCCCCUGCAAACGCUGGAGCUCACGGGACUGGAGUUGUUUGGCGUGGCCUCGCUCUCCCCGGUACUCUUAAUGAUUCCUCCAUUCUGGAAACUGGUGAAUAAAAAGUGGGCUCUCUCCCUGCUGAGGAUCAUCACUGUAGGCAGCAUAGCCUCCUUUGAGGCUCCGAACGCCAAGCUUCGACUGGUGAUCCUUGCACUUGGCGUGUCCUCUUCACUGAUAGUGCAAACUGUGACCUGGUGGUCAGGAAGUGGACGGCAAAGGUACCUCAAAAUCUGGGGAUUCAUUUUGGGUCACAUGCUUCUUGUUGUCCUCCGCAUAUGGUACACAUCAUUAAACCCGAUUUGGAGUUACCAGAUGUCCAACCGAGUGAUACUGACGUUGAGUGCCAUAGCUGUGUUUGACCGCAUUGGCACAGAUGGCGACUUCAGUGUCUCUGAGGGGAAGAAGUCCAGCGAGGUCACCAAGGGCGUGGCCUCUCGAUCUGGCUGGCUGUUACCAGGUGCCGCCUUUGGGAGCCUCAUGUUCCUCACGCACUGGAUCUUUGGAGAAGUCUCUAUUGUUUCCAGAUGGGCAGUGAGUGGCUAUCCUCAUUCAGGGCCGGAUCCUAACCCAUUUGGAGGUGUGGUUCUGCUGAGCUUGGCAAGUGGGUUGAUGCUGUCAGGUUCAUCAUGGCUUCAUGAUGCUGGGUUAGCCUGGUGGGUGACAGGGGCAGCUUCGGCCCUGGGUCUCCUUUACCUGGGCACAUGGGCUGCAGCCAUUUCUGGAUGUGUGCUGGCAGUCUUCACGGGAUCCGUGUGGCCUCAAGUACUUGGACACCUUGUGAACUCAGGGACAAACCCUGGGGAGACCAUGACCACUGGCAUGGUUGUUUAUCUUUUAGAAAUGUUUUUCUGUGCCUGGUGCACAGCUUUUAAGUUUGUUCCCGGAGGUGUCUAUGCUAGAGAAAGAUCUGAUGUGCUUUUGGGGAUCGUAAUGGUAAUUAUUGGAUUGAGUAUGCUGUUUGGACCUAAGAAAAACCUUGACUUUCUUCUUCAAACAAAGAAUAGUCCUAAAGCGCUUUUGAGAAGGAGUGAAAAAUACAUGAAACUUAUUUUGUGUCUGCUUGUUGGCAUGGGGUUGUUAGGAUUAGGACUACGGCACAAAACCUAUGAGAGGAAACUAGGCCAAGGGGCACCAGCGAAAGUGGUCUCCGCUGCCAUCUGGCCUUUUAGGUUCGGAUACGACAACGAGGGAUGGCCAAAUCUAGAGAGGUCUGCUCAGCUGCUCAAGCAGACGGGUGCAGACUUUAUUACCAUCUUGGAGAGCGAUGCUUCUAAGCCCUUUAUUGGGAACAAUGACUUAACCAUGUGGCUGGGGGAGAAGUUGGGCUUCUAUACGGACUUCGGGCCAAGCGCUAGGGAUCACACGUGGGGGAUUAUGGCGCUGUCCCGGUACCCAAUUGUGCGAUCGGAGCAUCACCUUCUUCCGUCGCCAGAGGGCGAGAUUGCACCAGCCAUAACUCUGACUGUUAAUGUCUCCAACAAACUGGUGGACUUCGUGGUGACGCACUUUGGAAAUCAUGAGGAUGACCUUGACAGGAAGUUACAGGCUAUUGCCGUUUCAAAACUACUGAAAAAUUGCUCAAACCAAGUGAUAUUUCUAGGCUACAUCACUUCAGAGCCUGGUUCCAGAGAUUACCUACAACUCACACAACAUGGCAACGUCAAGGAUAUUGACAGCUCAGAUCAACACAGGUGGUGUGAAUACAUCAUGUAUCGGGGCCUGAUCAGGUUGGGUUAUGCAAGAAUUUCUCAUGCUGAACUGAGUGACUCUGAGAUUCAGAUGGCCAAAUUCAGGAUUCCUGAUGACCCUGCCAAUUACAGAGACAACCAGAAAGUGGUCAUAGACCACAGAGGGCUUCCCAAGGACAUUCAUUUCAACCCCAGAUUUGGCUCCUACAAAGAAGGGCACAAUUAUGAAAACAACCAUCAUUUUCACAUGAACACACCCAAGUACUUCAUCUGAACCCUUCUAGACAAGAUGUUAUCGUUGACUGGGAGAAAUAUAUGCAGCUCAAGGAAGAGUUUAAUGAAGACCGAAGGAUAUGUGUAAUGAACCCCAAGAGUUACAAAGGAUGACAUGAUGUAGUGGGAAUUCCAUCAAUUCAUAAGCUAUUGAUGCUAAAUAAAGGGAUCUCUCUGAGUUACUUUUA